ACCGGCUUGGUUAAGCGUCCCUACUGCCUCGGAGAUCGCAGCUUCGGCCAAUGGGCGGUUUCGCGUGAGCGGGGCGCCGGGCACGUGACUCCGGAGCGGCCGCGUCGGGCCCGGUGCGGCGGAGCCGAGCGGAGAACAGCGGCAGCUCCCCGCCUGUUCCCCCGCCUUCCGUCACCGCCGCCCGGGGGCAGCGCCAGGUCCCGCUGGCCGCCGUGGUGGCGGGGACAGGCUCCGUGUGGCGGAGCCGUUAGCGCGACCGAGCGGCAUCAGAAAGAGUUUCUCUGUUUCUUUCUCCUGCUUGAAGAGUAGGAAGUGAGAUUGUAAAAUGAUGGAAGUACUUGAUACUCUAACUUAAUUUAGUGGCAAUUACUAGAUAUUAAGCUGCCAGUUCCUCGAAGUACUCACUAGCAAACCCAGCUUCCUUGUUGUGGGAUCCUUUUGUGUGAAAGAAAUUGACAGUUAAAUGAAUAUACUUAACGGCAGUGACAACAUCUGGGCCUUUGCAGUUUCUCUCCUUGUCGUCUUUGGUUAUUCUGGCCUGUCUACAUUGUUUCUGUUGCUUUCGUGGCUCUGGAUGGCUAGUGAAGAGGGAUGUUCAGUCUAAUGGCCAAUUGCUGCAGCUGGUUAAAACGGUGGCAGGAACCUAUCAGGAAGGUGACACUAAUAAUGGUGGGUCUUGAUAACGCUGGUAAAACUGCUACAGUCCGAGGAAUUCAAGGAGAGUCUCCUGAAGAUGUGGCUCCAACAGUUGGGUUUUCCAAGAUUGACCUUAAACAGGGACGCUUUGAAGUCACCAUCUUUGAUUUAGGAGGUGGAAAACGAAUUCGAAAUAUCUGGAGAAAUUACUAUGCUGAGUCCUACGGUGUAAUAUUUGUUGUGGAUUCCAGUGACAUUGCAAGAAUGGAAGAAACAAAGCAAACCAUGAUAGAAGUUUUAAACAGCCCUAAGAUAUCAGGAAAACCUGUGCUAGUGCUGGCAAAUAAGCAGGACAGAGAAGGAGCUCUGUCAGAAGCAGAUGUAAUUGAAUCCUUAUCUCUGGAAAAGCUUGUCAAUGAACACAAGUGUCUAUGUCAAAUUGAACCUUGCUCAGCUGUCAUGGGCUGUGGGAAAAAAAUUGAUAAAUCAAUAAAAAAGGGUUUAUUUUGGCUUCUACAUAUCAUAGCAAAAGAUUUUGAUGCCUUAAACGAGCGCAUCCAAAGAGACACUACAGAACAAAAAGCAUAUGAAGAACAAAAGAAACUAGAACGAGCUGAGCGAGUGAGAAGGAUACGAGAAGAAAGGGAAAGAGAAGAAGGAAGAAGUGCACCUGAUGAGGAAGACCCUGAGCCUGGGAACUCUGAAAACCCCUUCCAGCCUAUAGCUGCUGUUAUCUCUGAGAAUGAAAAACAAAUGGAAAAGGAAAAGAAGCGGCAAAGGUUGGAGACUGAAAAGGCUACAAUUGUCUUGAAAUCGCAAACAGAGCAAGAACAAGUAGAUGCCAGGCACUUCUCAAGUAGCAGUAGCCAAAAUACAAAUGAUAGUAGACUAGAAACAUGCAAUUCUACAACUACACAGCUUUUGCUGCAUGAAGAAGUGAAUGAGCAGCAAGCCUCAGAAUGCCUUGACUCAGAUAACAGUAAGAAAAAAAAUAAAAAACCAAAAUUAAAAAGGGGCCACAGAGUAGAACCUGUUAAUGGAGAAGAUGCUGUUCCCAAAAUUCCUACGCCACCACCAGCUCUUCCACCAGUUGGCUGGGGAACUCCCAAACUUAAUAGACUUCGAAAACUUGAGCCUCUUGGUGAAACACAUCAUGCUGAUUUCUAUGGAAAGCCUCUGCCCCCGCUGACUGUACGCCAAAGACCCAACAGUGAUACCCAUGAUGUCAUUGCUUAACUGGAUGACAAAUAGCAUUUGAAAAACAUCAUUAAAAAAACCAUAUAUCAGAAACAGUUUUUGCCCUUGAAGGAAAAUUUUUAAAAUGACAGUCUAUCAGCUUGUAUCAGCUUGUUGCAAAAUAACUUGGUGGCAAUUAAAUGUGGAGUUCGUUUUAUCAUACUUAGUUGAUCAGACUUUGUCAUUUAACUCUUUACAUCACCAGCUCUUCUUCAGGAUUUAGCAUGAAAUCAAGAAAGGUCUAUGUGCGAAUGGAUGCUCAUGUGAACGCAGUAUUGAAUAUUGGGUUUACUUGUGAAAAUUCAGAGCUGUAAACCUGAAGAAAAAUACCUUCAAGAUCACAUACUACUGGAUUGUAUGUUCUCACCAAGACCUUUCUCCAGGUGCUGCACAGUGGUUGGUAUUUUUGCAGCUAAUAAAUGGUUCUAAAGCAUUUUAUAAGAUUAAUGUAUGAUAGAGUGAAUAUAGGAAGGUUAUGCAACAAAUGUUAAGUAUAUUUUUCUAACUUUUUAUAAAAUUAUUUGAAAGUUUGAGUGGACACGCAUACUUAUUACCAAUAAAAUGAUACCUAAAAAGCAUUAGAAAGCUGAUAGUCAAAUGCAUAUAAGUAGAGUAUGUUUGACUCUUACGUUUCUCUAACAGUAGUAAUACUUUGUAUUAGAGAUAACAUUGUCAGAUGCAUAUUUCAUAUUUCUGGCAAUCUGAAGGGGGAGGAAGGUAGAAAGGGAAGUUUAAGAUAAAUACAUUUUAUACAAAA